AGCUGCUGCCCCCGGCGGUCACCGCGGCGCUGCCGCCGCCUCCCUCCCCUCCCUCCCGGCUGCGGGGCCCCGCCAUGGAGUAAGGCCCCCUCCCGCGGCCGGACGGGGCCCCCCGCCGCGCCUCGAUGGCUCUGGUAACGGUGCAGCGCUCGCCUACCCCCAGCGCCACCUCCAGCCCCUGCGCCUCGGAGGCGGACAGCGGGGAGGAAGAGUGCCGGUCCCAGCCCCGAAGCAUCAGCGAAAGCUUCCUCACUGUGAAAGGUGCGGCUCUCUUCCUGCCCCGAGGAAAUGGGUCCUCUACCCCCAGAAUCAACAACAGGCGCAACAAGCACGCAGGGGAUCUCCAGCAGCACCUGCAGGCCAUGUUCAUCCUGCUCCGCCCAGAAGACAACAUUCGACUGGCAGUAAGACUGGAAAGUACGUACCAGAACCGCACUAGAUACAUGGUGGUAGUUUCAACCAAUGGCAGACAAGACACUGAGGAAAGCAUUGUCCUAGGAAUGGAUUUCUCUUCCAAUGACAGUAGCACUUGCACAAUGGGCUUGGUACUGCCCCUGUGGAGCGACACCCUUAUUCACUUGGAUGGGGACGGUGGGUUCAGCGUCUCAACAGACAACAGGGUCCAUGUGUUCAAGCCGGUGUCCGUUCAAGCAAUGUGGUCUGCCCUGCAGAGUUUACACAAGGCCUGUGAGGUGGCCCGAAGUCACAACUACUACCCAGGGAGCCUCUUCCUCACCUGGGUCAGUUACUAUGAGAGCCACAUCGACUCCGACCAGUCUUCAGUCAACGAAUGGAACGCCAUGCAGGAUGUGCAGUCGCACCGGCCCGACUCCCCCACCCUCUUCACGGACGUCCCCACGGAGCGUGAGCGCACAGAGCGGUUAAUUAAAACCAAGUUAAGGGAGAUCAUGAUGCAGAAAGACUUGGAGAACAUCACGUCGAAAGAGAUCCGCACGGAGCUGGAGAUGCAGAUGGUGUGCAACCUGCGGGAGUUCAAGGAGUUCAUUGACAAUGAAAUGAUCGUGAUUCUUGGGCAGAUGGACAGUCCCACGCAGAUAUUUGACCAUGUCUUUCUGGGUUCUGAGUGGAAUGCCUCCAAUUUGGAAGAUUUACAGAACCGAGGGGUGCGGUACAUUCUGAAUGUGACUCGAGAAAUAGAUAACUUCUUCCCAGGCGUCUUCGAGUACCAUAACAUCCGGGUGUACGACGAGGAGGCUACAGAUCUGCUGGCGUAUUGGAACGACACUUACAAAUUCAUCUCCAAAGCCAAGAAGAACGGGUCAAAAUGCCUGGUGCACUGCAAGAUGGGAGUCAGCCGGUCAGCCUCCACGGUGAUCGCGUACGCCAUGAAGGAGUACGGCUGGAACCUGGACCGAGCCUACGACCACGUGAAGGAGCGCCGUAGUGUCACCAAACCCAACCCAAGCUUCAUGAGGCAGCUGGAGGAGUACCAAGGGAUUCUGCUGGCGAGCAAACAGCGGCAUAACAAGCUGUGGCGGUCGCACUCAGACAGCGACCUCUCGGAGCACCACCAGCCCAUCUGCAAACCCGGGAUGGAGCUGAACAAAAAGGAGAUCACCACUUCCGCAGAGCAGCUCUCCGAGCCCACGGCAAACGACAACUACCAGCCUGCGUCUCCCGUCUUCUCAGUGAGGCCGCACGUGGGCCGUCUGCUCCAGCCGGACACGGACGUGAUCGAGGAGCUGGGCGCCAAAGAGAGAAGGAUCCGUUUGGAGUUCACAGCCAGAGACUUCCGCGCCGAACAAAUAGAGGAUGAACUGAACCUGAACAACAUCAAUGGGUGUCCAGCAGGGUGCUGCUUGGAUGAGUCAGAAUUUCCCCUGGAUAAUUGCCAUUCUUCUGAGGCCUUGAUGCAGCUUGAAGAGCCUUUGGAGAUGGCCACAGCAUUCCCUGAUCUGACUGUGGAUGAUCUAGAGACAGAUGCCCUUAAAACUGAGCUGAAUGUUCAUUUGGUACCCAUGGAGGAAUUCACGGCUUGUUUAAAAGACCUUCCCAGGUCGCCUGAUCAGAAUUCCCCCAGCCCACAGCUCAGUUCCCAGCCUGAAACCACCGACAGGAUUGAUUUCCUCAGUGCCCUAGAGAAGUUUGAGGAGCUGUCCCAAGAAAACCGGUCUCAUGCCUGUUCUCACACCAGGAUGGACGAGCAGGGAGGCGGAAGGAACGGGGUCUCCAAGGUGUCUGUGCUGGAGGUGCUGCCAGCAGAGACUGCUGUCGAUACCCAGAGAAAUAGCUCUGCAAGCAACUCCCCUGCAGCACCGGAAGAGUCUUCCGCAGAUGAGGAACAACCAAAGGACAUCUCUGAACUGACCACUCUGGGCCCCCUCACAAGAUCCCACUCGGAAAAUGCAAUCUCUGUGAAAGAAAUCAUAACGGAAAUUGAAUCCAUCAACCAGGGCGUAGGACCGUGCCAGCAGAAGGUGGAGGGCUCAGCCACCCAUGCCCAAGCACCAAAGAGGAAUACCGUCCAUGAGUUGCCUGUAGAGGUGGUCUGGGCAUCUGAAAAUAAACCUGGGAAGGCUGAGCAGAGCGAAGGAGCUUGCACUGCAGAGCAGGAAACAGCAAAAGACCUCCCAAAACCAGACCAGGAAGGUGCUCCCACCUGCCAGCCGCCUACCUGUGUGUCAGAUGUGGAAGAAAGCGAUCCCGCAGGAGACCAGCAGGAGCCUCGGGUGCAGGGGCUGAACCCUGGGUCGAAGUGGUGUCCAGGGUCUGUUAAACGUGCCACCUUGGAAUUUGAGGAACGCUUGAGACAGGAGCAAGAGCACCAGCACGUUCCCCCCAUGUGCCUGCUACCUACUCGCAAGAAUUCCAAGAAUGAGUCUGCAGCUGCCGAGCUCGCGCCAAAGGGCAGGACCGAGGAACCGUCGCAGGAGCCGGAUCCUGCCCGUAGAGAGAAUGAGAGCGACCAGGCCAGGGCAAAGAGCCCAGCAGCCGAGGGUGCGUUGCCUCAUGGCCCUGAACUGCCGGGGGACACGCACCUGUCCCCACCACUCGCCCCUUGCCUUGUGCAGCCUGCUCAGGAGCCGCCGCUGGCAGAGCCUGGUGCUGAGCAGGAAGUGCUCAGGACGGUGGUGUCGCUGGCUAGCUCCGGGGAGCCCGCCCUGCCCUGUCACCUCCCCAAGAGGAUAGAAAUUAUCGAGUACCCCCACAUGGGCACGCCACCUGAGCUCCGUGAGCGCGACAGCAGCUGUGAGCAGGGCACGCUGGAGAACGCAGCGGCGUUGCUUCCCGUAGAUGAAAACCUGAACCCUUCGGUGUGCGCUGAGACGGCACCUGUACAUCCCGAUGCUCUGCCUUUGCGUAACCCUUCGGUACUAGAGCACAAGGCGAUCGGGCGGGCCACCUUCGCCCUGGGCAGCCCCGAGGAAGAGUACGGUGCAGCACUGAUUAACCUGGAUACCUCUUCGUUGGUUGGCCAGGUGACGCGCUCGCCUUCAGCAGGCCUGGAUGACCUUUGGCACCAACGCGUAGUUCAUCUGGAGGGCGUUACGGAGCAGAGCACGAGCACAGACGAUGAGCCAGUGGCACCGAGCAGCCUCUCAAGGAACGGGCAUGUCCUGUGCGGGGCGAGUGACAGUGCCUUGGUGGAGCUGAGCAACGAGGACUCGGAUUUCAUCAGUGAGAGCACUGAAGCCAUGGAGGUCUCUUUCCUCCCCGGCGGCCUCCCCCACGGCUCCAACAGCCCCGGCGUCAAAGGGCCGAGUGAGACUCCCAGCUCAGUGAAGCAGCGCGCGAAGGAACUCGAGGCCCGGGUACGGCGAGCAGGGCUCACCACGCCGUCCCGAAUGAAACGCUCGGCAUCCUUAGCCAAGCUGGGCUGCCUGGAACUCUCUCCAGAUGACUUAACCCAGAGGGAGUCGGCCUCUUCCCAUGCCAGCCUGACCUGUCCUGACUUGCUGCCCGCCUCCCCCAGGACUGGCCAAGCCAAGCAGGGGGCGUUGCCAGAGCACGGCUUGGACGGCCCACCUGAAAAGCCUUGUGCCUCCUCUCCCUUUAUUCGCCAGGAUCCACAGCCCAGCAAGCAUUUUGUAGAGCAGCUUAAAACAACGGAGUGCAUUGCCCAGAGCCAGCCGGUGCAGAGGCCGCCCGUGCAGUAUGCCAAAGAGUUCGGCUCAGCUCCGCAGAGUUUGCAUCCCAGCGCAGAUCCUAGAUUGACUAGCUCUGAAGAGGGUCUUCCGCUGCUACAGACACAGGUACUAGACUCUCGGCUCCCAGCUCAAAGCCUGGCUGGAGCACCUAGACAUCAACACGGUAGAACUCACCCUCUGAGGAGACUAAAAGAGGCUACCGACAAAAAGCGGACAAGCAAUCCCUUCUAUAAUACCAUGUGAUCCUGAGCCCUCAGCUGUGACUUCUUUUUAAACAAAACCCAUGUUGUUGUGUUCAUACAAGGGGCAGGUGUAAUAUGUAAGGAACAUGCACUUUAUUCGUUAAUUUUAUAUAUUUUGUCAUUUUACUGUUCCUGGCGCAUGUAGGUUUGGGUUGUAUUUUGUGUGGGACUCUGACUGCAAGACCGUUUGUUAUUUUUUUAAUUAUUUUUAACUCAAAUAACCUCAAAUAUUCUUUGUUUUCAAAGAACACCUUUCAUAAGUGACCAUUGCUGUUGGCAGUUGGCUCAUCUCUGUGUGGUGAAAUCUUGAGGGUUAGGUUAGAUUGGAACCAAGUCACAAAUAACUUGAACACACACACACACAC